AUGUCGAGAACCAUGUCGGACGGAAGUGAAGAUUUCAAUGGCAACAUCUCCAGGACAGGGUCGCACCGCCAGACAGACCACCAUGGAUACAAGGUCAGGUUCCCGCCGGCGAAGGGCCUCUUCACGGAGUUAGCCGAAGGGGUGAAGGAGACGUUCUUUGCCAACGACCCGCUGCGGGAGUACAAGGACCAGCCGAGGUCCAAGAAGCUGUGGCUCAGCCUGGCACACCUCUUUCCGGUGCUGGACUGGGCCAGGAGCUACACCUUUGGCAUGUUCAAGGGGGACUUUGUCGCCGGCCUCACCAUCGCCAGCCUCUGCAUACCUCAGGACAUUGGUUAUGCAAAGCUUGCUUUCCUGCCAGCACAUGUUGGGCUCUACAGUAGCUUCGUUCCACCUCUGAUAUACGCUGCGAUGGGCACUUCCAGGGACAUAGCAAUCGGUCCCGCGGCCGUCCUGUCGCUGUUGCUCGGGACUCUCCUCCAGGAAGAGAUCGAUCCGGUCAAGAAUCCAUAUGAGUACAGCAGGCUGGCGUUCACCGCGACAUUCUUCGCAGGGGUCACUCAGGCAAUGCUCGGAUUCUUCAGGCUAGGGUUUAUCAUAGAGUUCUUGUCUCAUGCAGCCAUUGUUGGUUUCAUGGCGGGUGCGGCCAUCACCAUUGGCCUUCAACAGCUGAAAGGCUUCCUUGGCAUCGCAAAAUUCACCAAGAAGUCUGACAUCAUCUCGGUCAUGGAAUCAGUAUGGGGAAAUGUACAUCAUGGGUGUAACUGGCAGACGAUAUUGAUUGGGGCAUCCUUCUUGGCGUUUCUUCUAACAACCAAAUACAUUGCCAAGAAGAAUAAAAAGCUCUUCUGGGUUUCUGCAAUCGCUCCGCUCAUUUCAGUGAUCAUAUCCACCUUCUGUGUGUUCAUCACCCGUGCAGACAAGCAGGGUGUUGCAAUUGUCAAGGAUAUAAAGCAAGGCAUCAACCCACCUUCAUUUCAUCUCAUAUAUUGGACUGGCCCAUACUUGGUGAAAGGGUUCAGAAUUGGUGUAGUAGCUGGAAUGGUCGGCUUAACGGAAGCAAUUGCAAUUGGAAGAACAUUUGCUGCCUUGAAGGACUACCAAAUAGAUGGGAAUAAAGAAAUGCUGGCCCUAGGAACGAUGAACAUUGUUGGUUCAAUGACUUCAUGCUACGUAGGCACAGGUUCAAUGUCACGAUCAGCAGUCAAUUACAUGGCUGGCUGCAAAACAGCCAUAUCCAAUGUUGUUAUGGCAAUUGUCGUGAUGCUUACGCUGUUGUUGGUCACUCCAUUGUUCAAGUACACGCCCAAUGCCAUUCUAGCCUCUAUCAUCAUAAAUGCGGUGGUUAGCCUAGUUGACUAUGAAACGGCAUACCUUAUCUGGAAGGUUGAUAAAAUGGACUUCAUGGCAUUGCUAGGAGCAUUCUUCGGGGUCGUAUUUGCAUCAGUGGAGUACGGCUUGCUCAUUGCGGUUGCAAUAUCUCUUGGCAAAAUUCUUCUCCAAGUAACACGGCCAAGAACAGCUUUACUCGGUAACCUUCCAAGAACAACAAUCUACACAAAUGUUGAACAAUACCCAGAAGCUACCAAGGUGCCCGGGGUUAUGAUUGUCAGAGUGGACUCAGCCAUCUACUUCACAAACUCCAAUUAUGUUAAAGAGAGAAUCCUGAGAUGGCUGAGGGACGAGGAGGAACAACAGCAGGAACAGAAGCUGUCCAAAACAGAGUUUCUCAUUGUUGAGCUAUCCCCGGUAACUGAUAUCGACACAAGUGGAAUCCAUGCCUUGGAGGAGUUGCUCAAAGCGCUUGAAAAGCGCAAAAUUCAGCUGAUACUCGCGAAUCCCGGGCCAGCAGUGAUCCAGAAGCUGCGGUCAGCAAAAUUCACGGAGCUCAUCGGCGACGACAAGAUAUUCCUGUCCGUAGACGACGCAGUGAAGAAAUUUGCUCCAAAGUCAGCCCUGAACGUGUGAAGAAAGUGCGCCUCACAAAGUGAUGUACAUGUGAAGCAAAGAGAUGUGUUGGUGCUGUUUUUAUAGAGCAAGGAGUAUACAAGUGAAUGGCAUAGCUUGUGUAAAGGUAAAUAAUGGAGGUGUUCAGAGUUGGAGCACGUCAGGUUUGCAAGACGUGGUUCGAGAAAAAGGAGAUGGUGGCCUAGUUCGACAUCUACAUCAGUGUGUGCGGCCAUGGUGUGUGUCGGCGAGCAGUUGGAUGGAGGUUCAUAUCAUGAUCCAUCUUUGGGGUAAUUUUUCUCCCCGGUCUUUGGAUCCACACCUCUGUAUCUUGUUAGUGUUUGUACUUCAAGUUGAAGGCUUCAUAAAGAGGUUUGGCAAAUUGGCCCAGUGGUAUGGUGCACUAGAUUGCGAGGCAUGCUCGAACUUGUGUGAGUAACAAGGAUACUAAGGGUUCCAGCACUGUACUCUGAUAAGAUGAGUCGCUUGCUUGCGCAUUCCAGCUCUGGGGUAUUGAACCAAACACAUGGUGUGCAUGUGUGAACCUUGCUAUUCACCGCCACAUGUGUAAGCUGUCGAGUGCUCUCUGUGGCCACGAGAGGCGUACGGAUGCCUAGUACUUACUCAAACUUGCUUGACCACGGCAGCUAAGUACAGAGAUAGGU